UUAAUGGGAUUAAUAUUUAGUCGAUUACACGCAAUUAGAGCUUCACGACAAUGGACAGAAAAUGAAACUUCAACAGCGUUAAUUUUACAAGAAAAAAUUGAUAGCGUUGAUCAUCUUUCAACAAUCUAUAAAACCACCAUCAAAAGCAUCAUCUCUAAUGAACACAUACUUUUGAGACUUAAUGAAGCUGUUAAUAAUCAAGAUUUAUUGAUUAAAUCUGUUAUUGGACAUACAAUUGCAUUACAUGCGUCCAUUCGUCAUGAUUCGUCACCUCUUGCUAAUUUAUUACAGAACUUACAUUACUGUACUGGAUUAUUUAUUCCAGCUACUCCUUCGGAUGAAACAUCUAUUGUUUUGAGUGCAGUUCUUUUGAGAGGUUUCUCAAAUGGAACGGGAACAUGUCCUGAAUGCGGAAGGAGAAUAGGUGGUGAAAAUCAUGUUGCAGCUGAUGGUCAAACAAAGUUAGAUACUAAUCCGCUUAGAAUGUCAUUAAGUGCCAAGAACCAGACUGGAUACAUCGGCGAACCAAUAAAUCAAGAAUCUGCGUAUUCAGUUAGAAUGAUGUCGCCGACUUCAUAUCGUAUUUUACAUUUAUUCAUUCAUGUGAUAAUCGGAGCUUGGGCACAUGCAUCACUGGCAUUAUCUUUUUUGCAAAAAAACAACACUACAGCUACUGAUGCUGGAAGAUAUUGCACGGACCAUAUAAAAAAUGAUUGGAUUGUUUUAAGAAGGAUACUUAAUACUUCAGAUGAGAAUUUAGCAUUGAUUUUACAUUCAAUUUUGGAUUUAAUGGCUCAAAGGCCAUGUAAAAUGGUUUCAUUAAAGACUUCGGCUGAACGAGAUGAAUGGGAAACCGAAUUUAAGGAUAGAUAUGUCACCCCUCAUGUUAGAAAUGUUACUGAAACAGCAGUAAACUUCCAAAAUAAACUUGCCGAAGCAGAUAAGUCCCAGGAUAAUGUCAAUAUUAUUGAAGCUGAAAUAAAUCAAACGUUAGCAAUGGAUAAUAAUUAUCAACUUGAACAUUUGCCAAAAAUGUGGAGAUUUAUUUCUGAUAUCAGUUAUCAAAGUCUUCAUGCUCAUUAUUUGAGUGAUGAAGAUGUGCAUUCUAAAAAAUAUCCAUUUUUAGCACAAUUCUUUAAACAUUCAGAAAAACUAUCGUUGAUAAAGCACCUUUCACCGAUUGUUAAUUUUGUGCAAGUUUUAUCUUCAAAGUUAGAAUAUCAAUUAAGUAGGGAUGACGCAGAAACACUGACAUUUGGAGAAUUUAUUGAUAAUGAAGAAGGAGAAGCUGACUUUGAAUAUUCCAAUAAUAAUCUUUUGAGAUCAGCGUUUGAAGAUUUUGCAGAAUCUUGGAACGCAAUUAUUGAUAAUGUUAAAAAUUAUCAAUGUCAUGCUAUUCCAGAUCCAAAACCAUUAAUAGAUCUUAAUUCACCUGUAGUUCUGGGACUGAUUGAACCAGUUAAUUCAGGAGUAUAUCUAUGCGCAAUUUUAGAUUACCUUAUUGGAUUACAAAAUGAAUUCUUGCAAGAUGUCAUGACAAUUCCUUCAGAAUCUUGGAAUUCAUUAAAAUUUUUGGACGAAGCUUCGCUUAAUUUUAAUGCAACAGUCACUCAAACUUCCACGCAAACAGGAACAACAACAAUGCAUCAUUAUAUUCGAUCCAUUCGUCUAGAAAAUGCUAAACCCAAUAAUUUUAUCAAUUAUGAAUGGAAUGACGAUCUUCUUCAAUAUAGUCAACGCAAUUUACAAAUGGGACGUGGAGAUGACGUUACAUUUGAUUUACAAAAAAUAGAAUUUGAACUUGCGCGUCAAUUAGUUUUUGGUAAAGUUUAUAUUGAUACAAUUGAAGAAUCACAAUUAUAUAUGGAACCCUUUAAUUUCCAUUUAGAAUUAUUUAAAGGUUAUAUGAGAAUUUUGAGUGAUAUCAAAACAUUAAUCCCACAAAAAUCUAUUUCAAGUUAUACUAUGGCGAAUAUUAUUAAUUUAUCUACUGUAUCUUCAUCUACAAAAACUUCUACAACCAUGGAUAGUCUAGAAUCAAUGUCAUAUGAUAGUGCAUCAAAAUUACUUUCAUGUUUAGAAAUUUUACUUUGCUUCGUAAAAAGAAAAUUAAUUAGUGAUUCCGAAAGUUUAAUUAGCGACUUUGUAAGACAAUGGGCGAAGCUUUCUGUUUUGGUUGAUAAUGAAUUAUUUAUGAAUAUUUUAAAAGUUGAUUUAAGACUUAAACAUGUCGUUGCUUUAUAUGAACUUAUUGAAGAACAAGUUGCUAAUAGAGUUAUUAUUUAUGUUGAUGAUAAAUAUGCAGAAUCAUUAACAUCGGAUCUGGAGAAAGAAAUUUCUGAUGCGCUUGACUUUAAUAUUAUUGAUGAUAUGGAUUUUGAAGAAAAUAGUUUACAACUAAUGGAUGAUGGUAAUGUAAUUGCUGAAGAAAAUGAAAAGAAGGUUAAGAAAAUUCCGGUAGAGGUAUUUGCUGGUACAAUAAAAAGAUUUAUUCUUAGGUAUCUGAUGAAAAACUUGAUUAAGGAAGAUCAUCCAAUGUCGAUUUAUUUUACCGAUAAUUCUUUGAACUUGUGGCCAGCCCAAAUUUCCGAAGAAUUAAUCGAUGAAUUGUUCCCAACAAGUUUAAUGGUAUGCCAUGCUUUCGAAGUUUAUCGAUUUGUUUCUGAUAAAAUUGAGAGAGUGAAGCAAGUAUUGAGUCAAAACCAAAACACAAAACGUUUUCAAAGAAAUAGAAAUCCCAAGCAGAAAGAUCAAAAUGCUUCUCAUCAAAGUGUUGGUCCUGAAAAUAAUUCAUCAUCUAAUAGAGGAUCUCAUAGUUCUAGAGGAGGCAGAGGGUUUAACAAAGGACGUAACAAUACUUCAAGAGGCCAGAAUCAAGGAAUUAGUAAUGUUUCAGGAGGUAAUAAUCACUCUGAAAAUGCCGAGUCUUCGAAAAGAGGGCGUGGCAAUAAUCGAAAAUUGAUAAAUUAG